CUCCUCGCCAGACCGCGCGUGGCUCCGCCGGCGGUGGUCGAGAGACGCCACCCACUCCGCUGGCCCUCUUGUCAAAAUCAGAAGCACUAGCACUGACACUGAGCGUGGGAGGAGGGAUGUGAGAUGGCGAAAACCUGAUGCAUGGAUGACGUCGAGGAGAAGGAGGAGGGGACAGCGCCAGCGGUGGCUGCCCCCACUAUGACGCGAUAAGUCGGUCUGGUCGGCAUUUUUCUGCAGAUACAACUUUGGUGAGUAACCACCUUCAGUCUCACCCUCUUCCCAUAAAUAUAAUAAGAGCGUUCGGCGUAGCAUCAACUUAUUCUACCUAAACACCAACACCCUCGGUCGGCUUUCAGACACAGCAGCAGCUCCCAAGUCAAGGGUAGAGAGAGGGAGAGCCGCAAUGGGGAAGGGCGUUGAAGGGGGGACGACGGAUAUGGGCGGGAGGGAUUACGCGGACCCUCCGCCUGCCCCGCUCAUCGACGCCGAGGAGCUGACCAGAUGGUCCUUGUACCGGGCGCUCAUCGCCGAGUUCAUCGCCACGCUCCUCUUCCUCUACAUUACGGUGGCCACCGUAAUAGGGUACAAACACCAGGCGGCCACAUCAACCGAUCCCUGUGCCGGCGUUGGCAUUCUGGGUAUCGCCUGGGCCUUCGGCGGCAUGAUUUUCAUCCUCGUCUACUGCACCGCCGGCAUAUCAGGGGGACACAUAAACCCGGCGGUCACCUUCGGUCUCUUGCUGGCGAGGAAGGUCUCCUUGGUCAGGGCGGUGAUGUACAUGGUGGCUCAGUGCCUAGGUGCGAUCUGCGGUGUUGGUCUGGUGAAGGGCUUCCAGUCUGCCAACUACGUCCGCUACGGCGGUGGCGCCAACGGUCUCGCGUCCGGCGUCUCCAGGGGCGUCGGAGUUGCUGCGGAGAUCAUCGGAACCUUUGUGCUGGUCUACACCGUCUUCUCCGCCACCGACCCCAAGCGAAACGCGCGCGACUCCCACGUUCCAGUGCUGGCGCCGCUGCCCAUUGGGUUCGCCGUCUUCAUGGUUCAUCUGGCCACCAUCCCCCUGACGGGAACAGGCAUUAACCCCGCUCGCAGCUUGGGGGCUGCCGUCAUCUACAAUCACGAGGAGACUUGGCGUGUUCAUUGGAUCUUCUGGGCGGGACCAUUCGCCGGAGCCGCCAUAGCUGCUGCUUAUCACCAGCACAUCCUAAGGGCCUCUGCCAGGGCUAUGGGCUCGUUCCGCAGCAACCCUAAUUAACGACUGGGCUCUCUCUCUCUCUGCGCGUGCACGAGAGGCACGAUUCACUGUCAAAACUUGGGGUUCACAGUAUGAAAUAAAAUGCUUCUGCUGCUUAA